CUCUCCGUGCCGUUUGACCCUCGCUGUAAAUCCUUCUCCCUCUCACUGAGGAGUCUAAAACCCAUUGAAGCUCCCUUUGUCUUCAACGUCUACUUUUCCCUCUCUCUCUCUCUCUCUCUCUCUCUCUAAACCCUUUGAACCUUCUUUGACCGGAGGCUGAGACCCUCGAGUCUGUUUGUGCUUGCGUUCAAGACCGAGUGCUUGCAUUCUCGAUCGAGUGCUUCCUCGAUGGUCUCUAUUUAUUUCGAUUUCAGUUGUUACAUACAUUUCUGAAUCGAGAUCUCGCGCUCAAAACUCUGGUUCUUUGUCUGUAUAUAGUGCUUGGAUUCCAUGAUCGUUGAAGCUCUCUUGCAGAUCUGAAGCUAAAAUCCUUCUCAAGCAUUUAAUUCGGAAGUUCCAGAAGUCCUAACCCUAAAAUGCCGUUGGAUUUGAAAAUGCACUUUUCGCGCAGUGCUCCUGUUGUAUUCCUGUAGCAGUGAGGCGACAGGAUUGGUGCGGUUGAAGGAGACAGAGCAAUAGCACCCUAAUUUCGCGGUUCUUUCGUUUAGUGACAGUUGCUCUUCCAGAGACAGAUGUACUUCUGUGUUCUACAAACAGGGUUGGAAUAAAUGAAGCUCCCAGUGGAAGUUGCUCUUGCUUGUCUCAUUAGCUUACUUGGGAUUCAGCUUAGUCUUUGUGAUGUACUUUCUGAUACAUCCAACAUAAAUAAAUGGACAUGCACAUGUUCUUCUGCUAAUCAAGGCAGCCAGAAUUAUAUUCUUGCAGGGAACUGUUCUACAUCAUGUGAUUGCAGUCCAGCUGGAGGAGGAUCAACUGGAGAUAGAUGGACAUGUAUCUGUGCUGCUGAUGGAUUUCCUAAAGUAGCAUCGGACAGUAGUCAUACCAGCUGCUUUACAGCCUGCAAUUGUACUUCUGGAUCUCCCAAUGAAGAUGCACCUGCUCGAAGGAAGCAUAUUUCCAGUAAAGUUGUUGUGAUCAUUCUGUUACUAUGUGUUGUACUCACAACUUUUGCAUUUCUUGCUUCGGUGUUAUGUUAUGUCUAUCGAAAGGAAAAGUGCCCUAUCCAACCACCAGUAUUCUCAUCAGACAAAGAAACAAGUUGCAAUAGUGCUACCAACUUAAUAAGCCAUAAAAUUAAUUCAGUGCCAGAAUCCAGAGUUGAUAUUGGGUCCCCUAUCAAUUCUUUAACAGGGUGCUUUCACAAGGCUUCUUCCUUAUUUAGGAGCAAAACAGGAACCAUACACGAGACAAUUGUCCAAUUUUCUUACUAUGAAUUGGAAAAUGCUACCAAUAAGUUCUCCAAUUCUAAUUUAAUAGGAGUUGGUGGAAGCAGCUAUGUUUAUUGUGGUCAGCUCAAGGAUGGAAAAACUGUGGCAGUUAAGCGACUGAAAACCAAAGGGGGCCCAGAUGCUGACCUUGUUUUCCUAACAGAGAUUGAACUCUUAUCCAGACUUCAUCAUUGUCAUGUGGUGCCUUUGCUUGGCUACUGCUCAGAAUCCCAAGGAAAGCAUGCUCAGAGAUUGUUAGUGUUUGAGUACAUGCUCAAUGGUAAUCUGAGAGAUUGUUUGGAUGGGGACUCAGGAAAAAACAUGGACUGGGCCACUCGUGUUUCGAUUGCUCUCGGAGCAGCCAGAGGCUUAGAAUAUCUUCAUGAAGCAGCUGCUCCAAGAAUUUUGCAUAGAGACGUUAAAUCUACAAACAUUCUUCUGGAUGAGAAUUGGAGAGCCAAAAUAACUGAUCUUGGUAUGGCUAAACGCUUGAGAGCUGAUGGCCUUCCUAGCUGUUCCAAUUCUCCAGCAAGAAUGCAGGGCACCUUUGGCUAUUUUGCACCGGAAUAUGCCAUUGUGGGGAGAGCCUCCCCUAUGUCAGAUGUUUUUAGUUUUGGGGUGGUUCUUCUUGAGCUGAUCAGUGGGCGGAAACCCAUCCACAAAUCUACCAACAAAGGAGAAGAAAGCCUUGUCAUAUGGGCUACCCCUCGGUUACAGGAUAGUGGGCGAGUGAUGUCAGAGUUACCUGACCCACAUUUAAAAGGGAAUUUCCCAGAAGAAGAAAUGCAGAUAAUGGCUUUCUUAGCAAAGGAGUGCCUAUUGUUGGAUCCUGAUGCUCGACCAACCAUGAGUGAGAUUGUUCAAAUCCUUUCAACGAUUGCACCAGAUAAAUCUAGGAGGAGAAAUAUUCCAGUCAAUUUUUUUCAGAGGUUGAGCCCUCAUAGCAUGAAAAGUGAAGCACACAUGUUGAUACCUGACAAAAAAUCUGAGAGUCCUGUUGAUGUGGAGCUCAGGCGAGCAGGGACCAAUAAAUGGACAGAUCGUUGUUCAUUACCAUUGGAUAUUGACCGCACUCUCUGUAUUGGAGACAGUCAGACUAAAGCAGUAAGUGUUUCUGCUGAGUAUAUAGAGAGAUUGAUCAUCAUGACUUCAAAUGCUAGGAGCUGGCGUGGUCCAGCUGAUGAAACUGUGGACUUAACAGAACCCCGGUUUGAAUCCUUCUGCAUGGCAAAUGGUAGAUCACCUUGACAACAACAAAUGCCUGAAUGCCAAGGGGCAAAACUGAUGUAUCAAGUCCAAGCAGGUCAGUGAGGACAAUGUAUAGUGAUGGUGCAAGUUUGAUUUAGUUACUUUCUCCCAUGUUGCCCAAUGACUUAGAAGAAACAAAGCAAGCAGGUCAGUGAGGACUUGUCCUUUUGAGUUCUUCCUAUUCCCCUAAAAAAUAAGGUCAUUGGGGCUUUUUUGUUAGAACUGUUCGAUUUUUAAUUUUUAGUAUUCAUGUUUUCUUUCAAUAUUUUGUGCAAGAAAUACAGAAAAUUUAACUUGUAUUUUAUUUAGGGAUAUACCCCUGCCAUAUGGGGGGGAGCACAUAAGAUAUUCAGCCUCUUACAGAAAAGAAGAAAUUGCACAAUGAUUGCCAAUUUGUGACUCAGGUAGUGUCGCAUGAAUCAAGUGUUGUCACCGAAAAUUUUUAUGUA